AUGGUGUUGUUUAAGUCUUACAAUUCAAUAGUAGUAGUGUCUUAGAGAUUUGAUAAACAGAUGGGUUAGUUGCCUCCCAGUAUCAGACAUGCUUACUGGCUUGUAAACAUGGUUAAAAGUCCUUGAAUAUCUCUAGAUCUGAACAAAAUAUGUUCUAUUUUACUACCUCUUUUUGA